CUUCGACAUGUUACGUGGAGAAUCUUCCUCAAGUUCUUCUGAUGCAUCUUCGCGGGGGAGCUACCAUGUUUAUUUGAGUUUUGGAAUGGAAGGCACUCACGUAGAUUUUGCUAACACCUUAUGUCUUUCGUUGCAGCGGAAGGGAAUCUCAACUUUCAGAUAUGAUAAGCUAGUUGAGAGAGAUGUGAUGUUGAAAAAAGUUCAGAAGGCAAUGGAGGAGUGCCUUGUUGCCAUUGUCCUUCUCUCCGAGAAUUACGCUGCUUCCACUUGGUGUUUGGAUGAACUCCGAAAGAUUCUUGAUGUGGGAAAACCAGUUAUUCCUGUGUUUUACGAAGUCGUUCCUUCCGAUGUUCGGCACCAGAGAAAUAGUUUCGCUAAGGCUUUCGAAGAACACGAAAGAAGAUCAGAAGAAGACCAAUUGAAGGUGCAACAAUGGAGGAAAUCCUUGCAAGAAGUUGCGGACUUUUCUGGCUGGGAGUCCAAGGAUAGGAGAAGGGAAGAGCUCAUUGAAGACAUUAUUAAAUCGGUAUGGACAAAAAUACGUCUUAGAUUGGCAUCAUACGAGGAGGAAAGGGUUGGAAUUGAUUCAAGAGUUGAGAAAAUACGUUCACUUUUGAAACUGGAAUUGAAAGAUGUGGUUCACUUCACUGGAAUAUGGGGCAUGGGUGGCAUAGGAAAGACAACUCUAGCAAGAGUUGUAUUUAAGAAAAUAUGUAGCCAAUUUGAUAUUAGUUGCUUCCUUGAAAAUGUGAGGGAGAUUUCUGGGAAAACUCAUGACAUGCUUACCUUACAAAUAACACUUCUCUCUCAUAUGGAAGUGAAGGAAUUCACAAUUCAAAAUUUGGAUGAAGGAAAGAUCGUAAUAGGAGGUAUCUUACGCAACAACAAAGUCCUCCUGGUCCUUGAUGAUGUUGAUGACGCAAGACAACUGGACAGUUUGGGUGUGAAUGAUCAAGGGAAGUUUGGCCCUGGGAGCAGGAUUAUAGUAACAACAAGAGACAUGGAAGUACUAAAACCACUUGGAAAUUUUGAAAUUUGUAAAAUUGAUCUGUUAAAUUCUGAUGAAUCCCUUCAACUUUUUUGUCAGAAAGCAUUUAAAAGAGACAAACCAUCAGAACAACUAUUGCAGUUGUCAAAAGUUGCUGUUCAACAAGCUGGAGGCCUUCCUCUGGCCCUUGAGAUGAUGGGUUCAUCCUUCUGUGGGAGAAACGAAUCUCAGUGGAAAACACUUUUAGAUAUGAAAGAAUACUCAAAGAAAGAUAUUGUGAUGGAGAAACUUAUAAUAAGCUAUCAUGGGUUACCAGAAAGUUAUCAGAUUUUGUUUCUUGAUAUUGCAUGUUUCUUCAACGGGUGGGUGAAAGAGCAUGUGGAAGAAAUUCUAACAAUUUGUUGCCGUUGUCCAGCAAACGGAAUUGAUGUACUAAUUGGUAAAUCACUGGUAAGUUGUGAUGGAUCACGUUUAUGGAUGCAUGAUUUACUUCAAGAAAUGGGAAGAAAAAUUGUUGUCGAAAAAUGUCUGGUAGAUGCUAGCAAACGCAGCAGGUUGUGGUCACCCCAUGACAUUGAUCAAGCACUAAAAAGAAAGAAGAAAAAUGAAUCGAUUCAGGGUAUAGUUUUGAAGUCGUCCACUGAGCCAUACAUUGCAAAUUGGGAUCCCGAAGCCUUCUCAAAGAUGUACAAUCUCAAAUUCCUUAUAAUUAAUUUUCACAAUAUACAAUUUCCCCGUGGCCUCAAAUGUCUUAGCAGUUCACUGGAAGUUCUUCAGUGGACAAAGUGUACUUUGGAAGCUCUGCCGCUUGGCGUUGAGCUUGAGAAACUUGUAGUGUUAAAAAUGCGUUACAGCAAAAUAAAGAAGAUCUGGAGUGAUUCUCAAGUAAGUAUCUCAGUUAACAUCUUGCGCAUUCAAUUUAGUACUAGCACAAAAUCUUCCAAAGCUAAUCAUUUUCAUACUUCCGUUCUAAUCGGUCAGCAUUUCAAAAGGUUGAAGUUCAUUGAUCUGAGCCAUUCCGAAGAUCUAAUUGAAAGUCCUAUAGUUUCUGAGGUUCCAUGUCUUGAAAUUUUGCUUCUUGAAGGUUGUAAAAACCUUGUCAAAGUUCACCAAUCUGUUGGACUGCACAAGAAGCUUGUCGUGUUGAACUUGAAAGAUUGCAUAAACCUUCAAAUCCUACCAACAGAGUUUAAAAUGGAUUCUUUGGAGGAAUUGAUUCUUUCUGGCUGCUCAAAACUUAAAAAGCUCCCCGAGUUUGACCUACUUACUGGAUUAGAAAUCUUCAUGCCUUCUAAUCAUUUUGGUUUAAACUUUGAACAUAAAUUGAACUAUUUUUGUCCGAGGGUGCAUGCCAAGGCUUCAAUGUUAAGUGGAGAAUCUUCCUCAAACUCUUCGAGAUGGACAUACCAUGUUUUUUUGAGUUUUCGAGGAGAAGACACGCGCUUAGGUUUUACAGAUCACUUGUACGCUGCGUUGGUGAGAAAGGGAAUCAUAACUUUCCGAGAUGACAAAAAUCUAGAGAAAGGAGAUAAGAUAGAUAAAGAACUAUUUAAAGCAAUUGAAGAGUCCCUCGGGGCCAUUGUGAUUCUCUCUGAGAACUAUGCCUCUUCCUCUUGGUGUUUGGAUGAGCUCAACAAAAUUCUGGAAUCAAAUAGAGCUCUGGGGAGAAAAGUUUUCCCAGUUUUCUGUGGGGUUAGUCCUAGUGAGGUUCAACACCAGACAACAAAGAGUUUUGAAGAGGCUUUUCAGAAACAUGAAAGAAGAUUUGAGAAAGACACAGAAAAGGUGCGACAAUGGAGAGAUUCCUUGAAGGAGGUUAGCCAAAUUGCUGGCUGGGAGUCCAAAAAUUACCAGCAUCAAACGGAGCUCAUUGAAAACAUUGUUGAAUCGGUAUGGACAAAGCUACGUCCUGAAAUGCCAUCUUUCAAUGAUGGGUUAGUUGGAAUUGGCUCAAGGGUUAAGAAAAUGGACUCACUUUUAAGGAUAGAAUCCAAGGAUGACGCUAGCUUUAUCGGAAUAUGGGGCAUGGGUGGCAUUGGAAAGACAACCCUAGCGAGAGCUGUCUUCAGGAAAAUCCAGCACCAGUUUGAUAUUAGCUGCUUCCUCGACAACAUCAGAGAGAUUUCAAAAGAAAGUGGUGGCAGGCUUCGUUUACAAGGAAAACUCCUUUCUCAUCUGGGUAUAAAAGGCUUGGAAAUUAGAGAUUUAGACGAGGGAAAGAACACAAUAAGAGAACUUCUAUUCAAGAAGAAAGUUCUUCUUGUCCUUGACGAUGUUGAUGAUACUAGCCAACUAGAGAGUUUGGCUGAGAGGUUAGAGUGGUUUGGCCCCGGGAGCAGAGUUAUAAUAACAACAAGAGACACACACGUCCUAAUAUCACAUGGAAUAGUUGAAAACUACAAAAUUGACGUCUUAAAUUCUGACGAAUCCCUUCAACUCUUGAGCCAGAAAGCCUUCAAAAGAGAUAAACCUGAUGAACAUUAUUUGGAGUUGUCAAAAGCUGUUGCCAAAUAUGCAGGAGGCCUCCCUUUGGCCUUGGAGCUGUUAGGUUCAUUUCUGUGUGGAAGAAGUGAAUCCCAAUGGAAAGAAGUAGUGGAUAUGAUAAAAGAAGUGCCCCCGAGUCAUAUUGCGAUGAAAUCGCUUAGAAUAAGCUACAAUGGGUUGCCACUACGUUAUAAAACUUUGUUUCUUGAUAUUGCAUGUUUCUUCAAAGGGAGGAUAAAAGAGCUUGUGAUACAAGCUCUAGAAAUUUGUGAGCGUUAUCCACCAGUUGGAAUUGAACUUCUGGUUGAAAAAUCACUAGCAACUUAUGAUGGCUUUACCAUAGGGAUGCAUGAUUUGCUUCAAGAAUCAGCAAGGGAAAUUGUUAAAGAAGAAAGUUAUGUGGAUCCGGCCAAACGAAGUAGGUUGUGGACUCUAGAGGAGACAAAUGAAGUAUUAAAACACAAUAAGGCAAAUGAAUCAAUUGAAGGUAUUGUUUUGAACUCGCCUGAAAAGGAAGAAGCUAUUUGGGAUCCUGAAGCGUUCUCAAGGAUGUAUAAUCUUCAAUUACUUAUCAUAAACUAUCGUUUAAAUCUUCCUACUAGCCUCAAAUCUCUUUGCAGUUCUCUGAAAUUUCUUCAGUGGAUGAACUAUCCUUUGGAAUCUCUGCCGCUUGGCGUGCUGCUGGAUGAACUUGUAGAGUUGAAAAUGCAUUCCAGCAGAAUAAAAAAGAUUUGGAAUGGAAAUCAAGAUUUUGCAAAGCUGAAGUUCAUUGAUUUGAGCUAUUCUGAAGAUCUAAUUGAAACCCCGAUAGUUUCUGGGGCUCCGUCUCUUGAAAGAUUGCUUCUUAUAGGUUGUAUAAACCUUGUUGAGGUUCACCCAUCAGUUGGACAACACAAGAGACUUGUUCUAUUGUUGCUGAAAGAUUGCAAGAAUCUUCAAAUCAUGCCAAGAAAAUUGGAACUGGAUUCUUUGGAGGAAUUGAUUCUCUCUGGCUGCUCAAAAAUUGAAAAACUCCCUGAAUUUGGAGAGAACAUGAAAUCUUUAUCACUGCUUAAUGUGGAGAAUUGCAUAAAUCUCCUUUCCCUGCCAGAUUCCAUUUGCAAUUUGAGAUCUCUCAGAAAACUCUACGUUUCUGGCUGCUCAAGAAUCUCAACACUGCCAGAUGGUAUGAAUGAAAAUGAGUCAUUGGAGGAGGUUCAUGUGAGUGGUACUGAUAUAAGAGAAAUUCCUUUAUGUUUAGAAAAACUUAGAGAGCUCUCCUUUGGAGGAAGGAAAGAAACAACACCCAAAUCACAAAACUUACUUCAAUGGAUCUCGAAGUUUAUGGGGCAACUAGAUAUGCAGGAGUCCAUGGUGCCUCCUCUUUCCAGUUUAUUGGCCUUGGAGUCCUUGGAUUUAAGUUAUCGAGGUCUUACUGAUGAAUCAAUUCCUAGUGAUCUUGGUCCUUUCUCAUUGUUGAAGCGUUUAGAUCUAAGUGGUAACAAUUUUGUUAACCCACCUGCUCAAUGCAUUAUUAGUCUUUCUAUGUUGCAUACUUUGUCCUUCAAUGAUUGCCCAAGACUUGAAUCCUUGCCAUUGCUUCCACCAAAUUUACAAGCUUUGUACGCAACUAAUUGUCCUAACUUGGAACCCUUUCACUUGGUUGGAGAUACUCUAUGGAAGAUCUUUGAGUCACAUUCACAUGAGGAUCCGAUUGAAGGGCCAGAGCUUUGGUUCAUAAUACCAGGGAAUGAAAUUCCAUCUUGGUUCAACAAUCAAAACUCUCUUGCAAUUGAUUCAUCAGAUGAAACGUAUGAGAAGUUGUGUUGUGAUUCAGUAACUUCAAUAACAGUGGAUGUACCUGAGGACUUCCAGUUAAGUGAAUGGUGGGGUAUUGCAGUAUGCCUAGUAUUAGAACCUUUGAACAUGGAUGUGCCAUCUUCAUGUAAUGCAAGGUCAACUUCUACUGUCAAUGAGGAAAUUGGCAUUUAUUACUGGGUGUGUAAAGCUCCUGAUAAAGAUCCUGACCCAAAUUUUCCUAUAGCACCCAAGUUUGGGCACAUGCUGUAUAAAUUCAAGGAGCCUUACAUCCAUAUUAUAUUCUUGAAUGCUGAUCAUGUGUAUAUUCAGCAUUAUCUAAGUGGGGAGCAAACACAGCUUGAAGUGAUACUUUUUGUUGAAAAUUUUUCUGAAUCAUGCAAGGCAAGAAUAAAGAAGUGUGGUUGCCGUGUGAUAUGUAAGGAAAAAAUUGAAGAAUGGAGGAAGCACUCAGAUGAUCUUAAUAUAUCAAGAAUAACAGAAACGAAUCAAGAUGAGGAACGUCAUGAAUUGGAGGAGGAAGAACCUACUUCUCCAAACACAUCCUCUCCCGUGGAGAAAACAGAAGGACAAACUACCCUUGGUAAAUGAUCUCACUGUAUCACACGUUCAAUAUACAAGUAAUAAUUUGGUUUGUAAUUACUGAUAGUGAUGGAACAUCUUACAUGUUUUACUUUAUAGUAAGAUAAUU